UAAUGAACCCUAAUCUAAUUUCUCCUUUCUCAUUCAUACCAAAAAAUUAUUUCUAAAAUCUGGGUUUCAGAAACCCUCAAAUCUUCUCAAGUUCUUCUCUCCUCUUCGUAUCUCUCUCCCCUGGGGCUCGGUCUCUCUCAUCUCUCUCACCGUGGCGUCGCCGUUGCUCUCUGUCUCGUCAUCGUCUUGCACAUGGUCGCGCGCCCUCGUUGCGCUCUUCGUCGCCGGCGGCAGAAGCAACAGGUCUUGGAUUGCUGUCUUUCUGAAUUGAAAGCCGAGAUUGCUUUGCUCUGUGUCGCCAAGAUUUUGAAUUUGACAGCAACGCUGAGGUGCUUGGCCCUGGUCCUUGUGAGGGUUCCCUUCUGCAAAACUCAAUUUCAGAAAGUCAUUCUUCAGAAUUGAGUGGAAGCAGCGUUAUUGGUUGGGUAUCAGAAUCUACAAAACUACCCAUUUCACAAUCGGAAUGCAAAAAUAAUCCUCUAGAUGAUGUAGUGUCGUAUCAUUCACGUGGUGCCUUCAGGAACAAUCCUCAUCAAUCGUCAAAUGAAGAUUGCCUGUACAACAUUUCACUUGACCUACCGCAUCUACAUCAGUUGAAUAAUGAUCAUCAUUUGGCUGGUGGUAUAUUAUAUUGUAAAAAGAAAACGGGUUCAAUUGAAAAUAGUCAACCAACUGCACUUAAAGAGAAGAGAUUCCGAAAGCCUACUCUUAGGUACAUUGAAGAGACUUCAAAUUCAAGGUAAAAAAAAGGUACCAACUGUUGGUACAAAAAGAAAACAUUCAAGUGCCUCAUCAUGUGAUGAACUUCAUAUAAGAAUUAAAGCAUUGAGAAAGAUUCGAGUUGAGAAGUCUAGUAAUGGAAUUAGUGAUGUGACAAUCCCAAAAUAUGUAUAUAGGAGGCAUUAUUGGUUUUUACCUACAACUUGUAAUUCCAUUGAGAAAUAGAGGAGGAUUAUAGAAACUUGAUGAUGAGGAGGCAUUUUCCUCGGACUCUGAGGAUGAAUGUUUGACACCAAAAAGAUCUAAAAAGAAAGAUCGGAGAAAGCAUCAGAGGAUGUGGACUCUCUCUGAGGUUAUUAAGUUGGUUGAUGGCAUAUCUGAAUAUGGAGUUGGUAGAUGGACGGAUAUAAAGAGGUUUUCAUUUUCUUCUUCAAGCUAUCGAACACCCAUAGAUCUCAGGGACAAGUGGCGUAAUCUUUUAAGAGCUAGUUCCAUUCAGACAAACACAAUAGACCAGAAAGAGGAUGAUCAAAAUGAUGAUCAUACUUUACGCCCCCUACCAUUUAACGUGGCAUGCCGUGUGCGUGAAUUGGCUAAAAUUCACCCGUACCCAAGGCAACGCGGUGGCUCAAAGAAUUCUCGCAGUAGCAAACUUGGUACUUCUACUUCAGUUAGUCAAAGUAAAGAUUCUCCUCCCAUUUGCCAUAGCAAAAGAAAUAUACGGAGGAAGUGUACUUACAAGUGAAACUCCCUCUUUACAGAGGUGAAUCCACAGUCACAAAAAAUCUUGUUGAAAUUUAGAUAUAUCAUUUGCACAGCUAUAUACAUUUAGUAGUUUCUGCUGGUCUUUUACAAAGGCAUAGAAAAUUUUUUUAGUUGUAAACUUGAGGAAUUAUUAGUUGGCUCCGCUCUACAUAAAUUUGCCAUGGUUAAUGCCUAAUCCCUGCAAGAGUUUGAUGUAUUAAAUGAUGUCUGACAUGUUUUAAAACCAAGUUUAGAUGUAAAACAUUUGACAUCUUGAUGUAGAGAAGGGUGUUAUGAGCUU